GGGGGAACUGAGAUGGAGAAGGUGCGGCCGAGGCGGGAGUACGUUCCCCAGAGAGACGGCGGCCGACGAGAGGUGCCGGGGCACGGCGCGCGCGGAGGAGGAGGGAGAGAGAGAGAGUGUGUGGCAGGUCCGUCCGCGCAGCUGUUCGAUCGAAGAACCUGCAGGCUCCCGCGGCGGCGGUGCUCUGCAGCGGCGCAGCCGGCGGACGCCGUAACGCGCACGCAACCGGCAGCAGUGGCGGCAGCGAGUACAGCAGCCUUCUCACUCACUUCUCCCUCUCCUCUCUGCCGCGGCGCUUGCGCAUCCCGGAGGAUGCUGGGAUUCGGUCGCCAUCUCUCCGAAGCGAGGCUGGCUCUCCUCCCGAGAUCCCGCCCGCCCCCGCCACCUCGUCCGCGCGCUACGCGCCGGCACGCGUUCACCGCCGACCGUCGUGGCUGUCGCUGACGUUGCUGGCGUCCGGAUCCCCGCUUGUCUCAGCUGCUUGCAAGCUCCCUGUCGGGAAGGCAGUGGGCCGGUGUCGAGAUGCCCUGCUGCGAGAUGGGCGGCAACGACAGCAGCGGUCCCUUCUCGCCGCUUCGUCGCGGAGCCGAGCGCCUGUGGCUGGGCCGUCCGCCUACGCUGCUGGCGUGGCCCAAGCGCUGCAUCCUCGUGUCCAUGGUGUUCGUCGGCUUCUCCCUGGCCGCUGGGAUUCGUAGGUCCUUUGUGGAGGCCGCCUACAGCCUGCAGAGGGAAGCCCACUGGAAGAUGUACAACAACGACACGUCCAGUGGCAACUGGACCACGGACUUCAUCCGUUCCUUCCAGUCGUCCUUCACGUGGGGUCUCUUUAUAGGUCACGUGAUCGGAUCGGCGCUCUCGUACAAGUACCACGCUAACAGUGUGUUCGCGGCCGCCAUACUGCUGGACUCGUCGCUGCACCUCGUGGUCGCUGGAGUGAUGCAAGUCCACCAGAUAUUCCUCGUGUCCCUGCUCUUCCUGCAAGGAGUGUCAGACGGGCUGACGUUCCCGGCUUUCUUCAGCCUACUGCGGUACUGGGCGCCGCCUUUGGAGAGGACGCGGAUGUUCACCGCUGGUUACGCUGGUCUACACUUUGGUAGCCUACUUAGCUUUCAAAUCUUCUCCGUCUUCGAAAGUCUCUUCAGUUCGACAGCGGGGCUGUACUUCUAUGGCAUGCUAGGCAUCCUCUGGGUGUUGCCAUGGUUCCUUCUCAUUUCCGAGACACCAUCCAAGCACCCGGGGGUGUCGACAAGAGAGAAGAUCUACAUCAUCGACUCACUUCAGACGCAGGAGCACAUUCCUUUCUCGCAGCAACCGACGGGCAUCCCAAUGCGCUCCAUCCUGUCUUCGGGUCCCGUGUGGGCCAUUCUGCUCGCGUCGUUCGGCCGGACGUGGACCUACAACACGCUGCUCCACAUAAUGCAGUGGUACUACAACGACGAGAUUCGGUAUGCAAAGGAGAUCCCCUACUUCCUGAUGAUGGUCUCCGUCGUGGUCAGCGGUUACGUCGCCGACGGCCUUCAGGAGAAAAACCUGAUGACGACGUCGACUGUGAGGAAGAUAUUCGGGGGUACAGGAUUGCUGACGGAGGCCGUUCUCUUUCUGUCGAUGGUGUACGUCGGACCGACGGACUUCGCUAUGGUACUCUACUUUUUCGCCAUGUCCAUCCGAGAGCUCGCAGUCGCUGGUUAUAUGGUAAACCCACUGGACAUUUCUCCACAAUAUGCUGGAAUCAUCGCGGGUCUCUCGGGAGCAAUGACCUCUCUGGGAAACCUCACGUUUUACCCCAUGAUGAACCACAUCUUCAACACAUGGAAGAUCCGGCAUGACCAUAUGACGCCACUUUACGCGGUGAGCGUCAUCAGCGGCGGCCUGCAGUUCCUGGCCGCGCUGAUCUUUGUGGUGUUCUCGUCGGCGACCGAGCAGGACUGGUCCAAGGACGACGCUGCGUCGCCCUCGGCCAGUGGCGAUGCUCUCUACGGCACCAGCAGCGGCGGAGGGAACAACAACAACGACCCUUACCUUGACACCACCGAAGUGGCCGUCAGCGACGGGGGCAUCUCUCUAAACGUCAUCGUCAAGCGGUAGCUUGAGGCCGAUGUCGAGGCUGUUGCCGUAUGAACGCACAGCCUCGGCGAACAUUGAGCAGAUGGACCUGUACUGCUGACCAAAAGAGGGCCGCGGGCCAUCAGGAGUGCCGGUUGAAAUUGAACGGACGAAGUCGCAGCUCGACGACACCCUGGAAUUCUGGUACCACGACAAGCAGUACCCCGACACCUUUGGUGCGAUCAUGGUCUACGCGGAUUAUGAACUACUGUCGACAGGGCCGGCACGCUGUGGAAAUGUGGCGAAGGAGUGAUCUCGCUUCUGCUUUACACUUCGUGUUUUGCGCAGGCCGUAGGCGAAGACACUCUGGGACGAUAGGUGCGAGUCAUCUUUCUGGAAAACUACCUUGCGGCUCUAUAGUUGCUGCGGCCCUGCUCUUGAAAAACGAAAUUGUGAAGUGCGCGGGCGGCUGCUCCGGCCUGCCUUGUAGCCGGGAUCCAUCAAAGCAGAAAACUCACGGGAAAAUAGACUGAGACUGCGGAAAACAUAAAUAUCGACCCGCAAGGCUGGUCCUAUUGACUGGGGCGAUGAUGGUGGAUUAGCUAAAUGCUCGCCGCUCGUUUGGAACUGCGCCAACUUGACUCUUCACGCAUUUUUGGGGGCUGUUGACAGCUUUACAUCAGGCUAAUCUAAGUUGUGCUCAGCUUAGCUGAUGUUCAGUGACAAAGAUGUGACACCUAUGAUCUCGCGGAGUGUGCCCAAGUGUAUACGGCCAAGUUUGCUACCUCGACAGCCGUAAAGCCGGUCAUAGCUGCACGUCGUCCGGAUAGUGCUCAAGAGUACUGGUGUGAACACGCAUGCAUUCUGUGAUGACUUGACUGUGCGCCUUGAGCCAUGCGAAGGCGCUGAAGCCUGUCAACAGCGCGAGCUGUGCGUUGUUGUAAGAUAUGUUGUCACGCUAACAAUGGUGACAAACCGACAGCCAAGAUGUUCAAAGCCACCCUGGCAAGGAUGCCAGGCACCACGUGUAACGCGUCUACUCCAGUAACGUUGCACUCGCAAUCUCUGGAGUGUUAUCUCUUGUAAAGGCUUGGUAUAUGCUGUGGUAAAAUGUAGAGCAGGGCAAAUGAUAAACAUGCGUUCACGAGAAAACGUUGCUGUCAAGGAACGACUAAAGAAGGCAUGAAGAGAUGCUGCUUUCUAGGGAAUCGCCGUUAAAUUUUAGGAACAGAACAGGCUGUAGGUACUCAAGAAAUCAGGCAGACCUACUGCGAGCUGCAGACAUUUAUACAGAAGAAAGACAAGGAGCAAUGGGCUGCCUUACUUCUGCCAUGAAUAAUGCAGGGCGGUCCACUCAUGCAGAGAACGCCGCAAGCAAGUCUGAUAUGCGUUGCAUAAUGUCUUCGCCGCAGUACACAAUUGUGAUGCGGUGAAGGGAUGUGAGAAUUUGUGCAAGUACUAAGAGUGAACUACAUGUCCUUAUUUAGCAUAAUUUGGCGGCGCCUCCAGGACAACAAGGGGACAACAGGGUCAACAAUCCCAACUAGGAUGGGUCUGGAUUCCAACUUUGAUCCACCUGCUGUCUCUUGGGUGCCCUAGAUCCUGCAACGCUUGCUUUUUCUAAUCUCAGGUGCUCUCCUCAGGUCUUCGUUGUAUGAUAUUAUUUUUAUUCUCUCAUGUGCAAAAAUCUUAUCGCGAAGCAUAGUUGCACUGUGAUGAAGCUUACGAAAACACAUCCGUCAUUAUGAAACGCAUAUAAAUCCCUUGCCACGCCGCACUGAUAACAAGAUCAACGGAAACAUUUCCUAAGUUUUACAGAAAAUAAAGUAACUAAUAAGGCGCCUCAUUCAAACACAUACGCAUACGAAACAAGCCAUGUAGGUUUUCGUGCCAUAUCUUAGCUGCAAUCGAUAGCGGAGUACUAACUGGGAGCACUGCUUAGUGCUUGACCAUGCUGUGUACAAAGUCUCUGUCAUGCGAAACAACCGACGACUUGAUAAGCGAUAAUUCUGUUCGAUGCAACGUUCCUCAGCAAUAAGCCGAGAACUUCUGCUUUUGCGGCUAUGGAAAAUUCUUUUUUUAUCAAACAAGUCGAGAAAUGAGUAGCCAACAAUGGAGUACCAACCCGGAAAGAAAGAAAUAAGAAGUCGAGGAUUCAUGCACGUGAUUUCCGGAGUACAAACACGUCGUUACAGUUUAUUUUGUUAUUUCGCAAUGAUAUUUAUGUCCGAGUCAGCGUCAGUUCAAAUCUUUAUUCAUCGUGUCUCACCGCUAGAGUUUUAUAAGGCUGUGCAUCGGCGAUGUGAAAGUGAUAUAUACGUGGAGAACGCUCUAAUAGAAAGAGCGACAUAUUUGUUUUAUCUAAAGUAGCCAUCCAUGUUAGGACAAAGUCUCCAGCUUAGUGUUGUAGUCCUUGAGUACCAUCGAAGGCGCACGCCCGCUGUCACGGGUUGAAUUGUACUUGGAGCUACGAAUUGUAAUGAAAAGCGCAACAAAGCUGGAAGAAAAGUACGUACGUGCAAUAUUAUGACAUAAAAUGAGAUAUCAACAGAGAAACAAGAAGUACAUGACAUUCUUGUGUACUUCAGCUUUCCCCUCUUGAUUUAUCAGAACUGUGUAGAUGCUUUCAAAAGUAUAUAUUUCUGACGAGUUCAUUCCUAAAAUAUAAUAGCCAAUGUAUUGCACAGACUGUAUCGAGUCCCUUUAGGAUGGUGACGUAAUGAGCUCGAAGGUCCUCGUAUCUAUUUUUGUGAAUGGUUGACGCAGGUAAUCCUGGAGGGUAGUGGGACACUCAACAGUUGCCGAAAAAAUCCGUGCUUUGAAAUUGGGAGGAGAUGAGGCAAUGGAUCAUAAGAACAAGUACCAAGUCCUGCAGGGAGGACACAGGAUGCUUGAUAUUUAAGCAAUGCUGCUGUACUGUGAAAUGGGACAAUUGCUAGGCGGAUUUUGUAAGGAUCUAGCACUAUACACAACGUGGCGAAUUAAAAGGGGCGAGCAAAACUACGGGCAAGGUUUGAGUGUUAAGCAGGACUCGUUAAAUGUAUGUUGAAGUGAAAAACUCAUGGGAGCUUGUCAUUCCGCCGAGCUGACCUAUUUUAUAGCACUCAACAGCCAGUCACGUACUGCGCAUUGCACUUAGGGCACCGAAUGACAGGUUUCCGUUCCAGAGAAAGGCCGCUUUAAGCAGUGCUGUACGAAUGAGGGCCGAAGGCGAAUGGCAUUGAGGCACGGCGUGUGACGACUCGACGGAACUGUUGAAAACAUGAGCACGUACCCUAACAUGGAGAAAAAUUGGGGAUUGUCUCCAGUGCCACGAUGGCGCGUCUAUUUCAGGGCUCCAAGCGCGGACGCUAUGUUUCACAGGAAUUAAAUGCAACUGUUCCACAAAAGGAAGCUUUGGCUAAGAGUUCACUCCUACUUUUUUCAUUUGCGUACACAUCAAACGGAGAAAUUAAGAAGUUGGUGAGCCGAUUUGAAGUAAAUAUACAGCGUCUCAGUGAAAGCUACCGAUUGAAGAAAGCACAGUUUUCAUAAACCGCUAAAAAUCAGUAGUCUUAAGACAAAAAAAAAAAAAGAAGCAUUGAAGCUCGACGUUUACAGCUGCGCAACUCGGCGCGGAAAACAGAUAUUCCAAUUCUGUAAACUAUGUCUGAUGCGCGUUCAAAGUGUACCAAUUGGACGCCAUAUUUCGCAGCCUAUUUGGACUGGUUACAUCGUUUAAUAGGAUUAUGCAGUACCGGUAUUCAAAAAGUACUGGUGUAUCAUAGAGCAAUGGAUUACAUAUCCGUUUUCCCCGUUCUAGGUAUCGAAAUUGCGGCAGUUGAUUCUCUUGAGUCUCGGAGCCACGAACUCCGAGCUUUUAUAAAGUUUUCCUGUAUUUCAGCAAUAUUUAAAAAAAGAUAGAUGCCCUAAAUAAAACGUUCACCGGCUGUAAUCGGUAGUGUUCACGUUUUCAUUUCAAUUUAAUAGAACUUUACCGUAUUUCGUGCUGGAAGUGCCAAGCAAAACGAUUCCUUCGUUACAUUGUAUUCACAUAGAAAGUGCCGUGGUAAAGCGUUCUCCUAAAUCAGAAAUCGCAUGUAUCUUGGCCAUAGAAGUGAAACGGAGGCAGGCGAACCUCUAUACAGGGGCGCCAUCAUCGCUUCGGCGAUUUGUCCAGAACACUUCGAUGUGUCGCUGGGAGAGUUUGACGUGUCAUCUAACCCAGUUAUUAUGGCUCUGGAAACCAUUUCUUCUGUUGGCCGUCCAUUUAAUAUGAAAGCUUUUCCUCAAAGUAGGGUGGAAAUUAUUCUGCACCUUAAGAUUCCAAAGGAGAGCAGGCUAACAUAAAACUACGGUUGAACAGUCUCCAGAAUCAAAACGAAGGGAAGAAAAUGUUGUAGCUGUUCAACCUUUCUUUUAAAUAGGGUUCAAAUUCAUUGGAGCGAGUCAUGUUGAAAGAAACUACUAUUCUAGUGUGGAAGUGGUGACCCUAGUUCUGCACACUCAUUCUGGCUCAUUCUAGUGUAAAGGCGUCACAGAGAGGGAACGAAGACGGAUAAAGACAUGCAGGACCCAAGCACCGACUCUCAAAGAAAGCUGUCAUCAUAAAACACAGAAUGUGUAUAAACACGAGAUGACUUGAAGAGAUAUUAUCUAAUAGAAAACAGGAACUCUUUUUCAUGCCAUGCAACUUAUUGAUAACUGAUUCAUUUGUCGUUUUCUUUAUGAAUCAGUCUUCAUUUACUUUCUGUGGCUUCUUCACACCAAAAUGAAAGCAAUGAAACAAGUAAUCAGAGCUUUACCCGUUGCUGCUAUGACGAUAAAAGGAACAGUGAAAGUUAACCUAGUAUUGAUGAUCAUCGCUCCAAUAGCCAACUAUAGCCCUGUAUUCGUUGAAAUUAAGGAGACAGAUGAUGGAAAAGAGGGUGUCAAAGAAAUAUUGCGAGACCUACCUGAGGGUGUUCCAGACGAUAAAUUUCAGAAAAAUGACCAAAAAGACAAAAUUCUUUGUAGGUGCCUUGAUUCUAGUACUUCAUUUGGGAGUAUUUUUGCUCCGAGGAUGGCAAACCGCUAGUUGUGUAACCUCUGAAACGAAGCCGAGAACGAUGCUGAGACAGAUGGUAAUUAGGCAAGCUCGCAGAUGUGCCAACACACAGAGGCAUGACUUUAAAGACAGUGUGCGACGUAGAAAGACAGCUUGAGCUUUCUUCGGAGUCAAGCAAGCACGUACAGUAGUUCAGAAAGGGACCAGAGGAGAAGCUGCUGUCAGAUAAAUGAGUAGGAUUGAAUAGAUAUGUCUGAAUUCAGGAUAUAUGUACGAAGAGUGCGGGAGAGGGUAAAUGUGAUGCGAAUGUCGGGGAGGUUGACCGGAAGAUAAAUAUCCAGUUUGCUGCCCCAAAUUUGGAAAGAGGUAAUGGGACACAGACAGAUAAAGAAGAAAAGCACAACGAGAGCGUGUGAAGGUUUAAAUUACGGGUUUCCGAGGAUAUAGUUUUAUUGUCAUUGACACUAUAUUCUUUAGGAAGCUUUAGUUAUUGAGAAAAAGGAAAAAAAGAUUUACGAGUUAGCGCGAUGAAAGACGCAUUGCCUGAAAAGAAAACGAAACGUUGUGUGUUCCUUUUACCUUAGAAUUAGCGAUUAAUUCAGAGGACACUGAAUUGAGAUGAACGGGUAUGAAGUAUCGGACAAGUGCAAUCGUCACAACUGUUUAGCGUCGUCCUGUACUCAUGUUCGUAGUGCUUUCUAGUCAUUCACGGGCAUUUAAAAUUUGUUUCUUGCUGCCAAUGUGCGCCUCUCGUAGAAUCUCGUCUCAAAGUUUUCUGUCUGUGCGAAUGUCCCUCUCUUUGUGCCAUACUAGUUUCACACGACAGCAUUAACAUUACAAGUCACCCGUUGUUAGUUUGUGCGCAAGCCUUCUCAACGCGACUAUUUUAACUCACUAAAGCACACCAUGUCUUCGCCGAACAAUUUCACUGUAAAUAGUGGAUCUCUAUCACAACUGUUUUCACUGGCUUGUUGUUGUUUUCAGCAACCUUGGGGACGUGUGUUUGCUUGAACGGAAAAAAAAAGUACACUUGUCUUUAGCUUCACAUUGAAUAAAAGCCAUUUCGUUACGAG